UGAGUGUGUUAGUGUGAUUGUGUGUGCCGGCUGCAGCUGGCAGAUGUGACAUGCAGCUGUUUCAUUCGUAUGGAAUAAACGAAAAGCUUCAAAAUCCGGAUACUAACACGAACCAGCAAUGCCCUGUGUACAAACCCAGUAUGCAUCCCUGCCCCAUGACAGUUACUUCAGCUCUGAGUUCUUGAAUCCUGACCUCAGUGCCAAACUGGUGAUGGACAUCACUGGCCAAAAUGACCAGCUGUCUACAUCUUCAUUGCCCAGCAUCAACACCUUGGUAGGAAAUGGCUACAUGGGGGAGUUUGAUGCUUAUUCCUGCAAGAUUACCACCUCUCCUCCGGCCUCUACGGUUUCAUUCAGCCAUGCUGCGGUAGCUGAGAGCUCUCAGAUGCAAAACCAAGCCUUCAAGCUGGAUGACCUCCAGGUAUAUGGCUGUUACCCAGGCUCCUUCGCGCUCAGCUGCCUUGAUGAAACACUGUCGUCAUGUGGCUCUGACUACUAUGGCAGCCCAGUAUAUUCCGCUGCUUCUCCUCCAACACCAGGCUUUCAGGGCCAGCCUGCACCUAUAUGGGAUUCCCCUUUUAGCCCCUACACUUCAGCCCCUCCGUCAUCUGUGGCUGAUAAGGCUGCCAUGGCCCAGCAGCUCUCCUUUUUCACCUUCAGUACCAUGCCAGAGCAGCACUCUCCCCAGGGGCAGCAUCAGGAUGCUCAGCCAGGCCAGGACGACCCUUUCUUCCUGUCUCCUCAGCAGCAUGUCUCCUCACUUCCCUGUCCCCCCAUGUCCCUGGAGCAAGGGCUUCUGGAGAGCCCCAGGAUAGUGGAUGGGGUUAUGACGUCUCCUAAAACCCACAAUCCAGGAUCCAGUGAGGGCCGCUGUGCGGUUUGUGGCGACAAUGCAUCCUGCCAGCACUACGGAGUCCGCACCUGUGAGGGCUGCAAAGGUUUCUUCAAGCGAACUGUACAGAAAAAUGCAAAGUAUGUGUGCCUCGCCAAUAAGGACUGUCCAGUGGACAAGAGGAGGAGAAACCGAUGCCAGUUCUGUCGUUUCCAGAAAUGUCUUGCAGUGGGAAUGGUCAAAGAAGUUGUUCGAACAGACAGCCUCAAAGGGCGCCGAGGCCGUCUGCCCUCCAAACCCAAGACUGUGGUUGAGGCUUCGUCCACGACCCCCAGUGUCAACAUCAUAACAUCUCUUGUCAAGGCACAUUUAGACUCAAGCCCAACCAUUGAAAAGCUUGACUACUCCAAGUAUCAGGAGACAGUGGACAACCCGUCAGAGAAGGAGGAUGUCGGUGAUAUUCAGCAGUUCUACAACCUGCUGACCGGCUCUUUAGACGUGAUAAAAUCCUGGGCUGAAGCCAUCCCAGGAUUCACAGACUUCUGCACAGAGGACCAGGAGCUGCUCCUUGAAUCUGCUUUCGUCGAGCUCUUCAUCCUCCGACUGGCGUACAGGUCAAAUCCAGAGAAGAGCAAGCUGAUCUUCUGCAAUGGCAUGGUCCUCCACCGAAUGCAGUGUGUUCGCAGUUUUGGUGACUGGAUCGACUCCAUAAUGGAUUUCUCCCAGAGCCUUCACCGGAUGAAAUUAGACAUCUCCUUCUUUUCCUGCCUCGCAGCACUUGUCAUUAUCACUGAUCGCCACGGCCUCAAAGAGCCCAAACGUGUCGAGGACUUCCAAAACCACCUCAUUACUUGUUUAAGGGAACACGUGAGUGGAAACAGAUCAGAAACAAGCCGGACCCAGCCCAGCUAUCUUUCUCGUCUUCUGGGUAAACUCCCUGAACUGAGGACUCUCUGUACACAGGGCCUACAGCGCAUCUUUUACCUGAAACUGGAGGACCUGGUCCCCCCUCCACCGAUUGUAGAGAAAAUCUUCAUGGAUACCCUCCCAUUCUGAAAAGAAAUGAACACAAAUGCAUUAUUGUACAAAUCAUUUACACAAAGGAGGUGGAGAGCACCUAACGUGAGAUUUUAUCAUUGAACUUGUCUGCCUCACCUCCUCCUUCUAUCACAUGACCUGCGUGCUGACAAAUGUCUGACUGUUCAAAAGACCAGCUGACCAUUAUUUUUGUAACAUUAAGUUUUAAAAUGGAUUAUGGUACCUGAAUGGAAUAAGACACCAUAAAGAUAAUUUCAGCUCAUUGAAACUUGUCAUCGAUGGAGCUGAAGUGGUAUUAACAGUUCAGGAUAUAGUUUAUAUAUAUUUUUGUGUGCAUUUGUA